AAACAUGGGUUGAUACUUGUUAAUUGUUUAUGCGUUGACAUCGAGGCGGACCCUGUCCCGCCUGAUUUAUUCCAGGAUGCGUGUCAAUUUGGAGUCUUUUAGUUAUAACUAGUUAGUCCAAACUUAAAAGGGCGUGCCUGUACCUGAAUCCUUGAAGGCAGUUAACUCUACCACAUUCCCCCCCCCUCCCCCCGCAUAAUCCAUGCAGUCACCAUUCCGAUCGCAUCGCAAAUAUGGUCCUUCUGACCUCCUCCACCGUCUCCAUCAUCCUGUCGUCCAGCAUCAUCUGUCUGUUCACUUUCCUGCUGUUCCUCUCUGGAUACCUCCUGCAACAGCAAUCCGUGCGCAACAUCCAAGACGCCAUCCGACCGCCUCCACCACCACCACCAGUAUACCCCAUAAACAACGAGGCAACCAGCAACGACAUCCUCGCCGAUGACGCUGCCGCAUCCUCAAAGAACCACCAACAGACCCUGUCCUCCAGCUCCACCGAGCACAACCCAGACAAGAAUGCAGCCCCAGGAACAUACGCCUACCUCCAACUCCUCUCCACCCCAGACCCGGCCGCCAUCUGCUCCUCCAUCCUCUUCUUCCACCAACUCACCGGAAAUGAAAACCACACGGCCAUCCAGGACCGCCUCUUCAUGUACCCGCGCGAAUGGGACGCUGUAUACACCAGCCCCGACCACCCAAACCCCAACCCCAAUCCCUCCAGCCAAUCCCUCAGAGAAUCAACAAUAUCAAAAUCCCUCCAACACCUUCGCACCUCCGCCCUGACCCACAACAUCUGGCUCCUCCCAAUCGACACUUCCACCAUCACCACCUCCUCCGGUUCAGGGUUGUCCGACACAAAACUCCUCCGUCUGGGCCAAAUCCAAUUCGUCCCCUACGACGCAGUCCUAUACCUGCAAUCCCCGGGGAUGGUGGUGGAUGUGAGCCGACUCGAUUCUUUGCUCCUGGACAGGCCGGUCCCCGGCAAGCAUGAUCCCGAGCGGGUGGAGUCGUAUAAUAAUGCGGCGUGGAUGGCGAUGCCGUUGCGGCCGGAGCGCGAGGAUCGGUUGCCCGGUGGGGGCGUGUAUUUGGUUACCGUGAACAAUGCCGGGGGCAGGUUAGGGCAGGUGGAGGCUAGGGGGCAUGUUGUUACUCCGGGUUUUGAGGGGGGAAGGGGGGUGGUUAGGGGGGUACGUGGGGUUGAGGGUGAGGAAGACGACGAUGAAGGGGCUGGAUAUGUGGUGUUUGAGCAGGAGGGGGAUGGGAAGGUGAAGUGGGAGGGGAAUGAGUUGUAUGGGGCUUGGAGGAAGGGGAUGGAGGAGGUUUGUCCGGGGGUGGAUUUGGAGGGGUUUUAUGAGUAGGUGAUUUGGGGUUGGGGUUUGGCGUUGAUUUGGGGUUGGUAUUCAUGAUGGUAAUGAUUUAUGAGAUGAUUUUGUGGAUUGGCUAUGAAUACGGAGUUUGCCGACGACAAGGCAUUCGAUAACUGACUGGAUAUAAAAGUAACAA